AAUAAAUUAUGGCAUUUUAUUUUUAUAUUCUAAUAGUAAUCUUCUUUAUUAUCUAGCUAAGCUUUUCAGCUGACAGAAACAUUUUACUAGUUGCAAGUGAUUUGGGUAACUUGUCUUUAUUUUCAAAACCUACUUAUACUUGCUAAAAUGGAUAUGGAGUUUUUAGUUAGCCUAUGUAUGGUGGUUAUUUUGAGUUUUCAUAAGAUAGUCCAUCUACAAAUAGCGCUAACUAUGCUGUUUUUGAGGUUAACAAUCUUCCUCCUCAUUAUAUGAGAGAAGUUAGAAUUGAAGUAUUUUAAUUAAAGUAAAAUAAUGUAGGAGUAUUAUUUAAAUUGGAUAGCAUGAAUUCAAUUUCAUAUUCUUUAAGUGUUUCUGUUGCAGAAAGAUUUAACCUACCAUGCAAUUUGAAAGGAGACAGCAUUGAGCAAAACAGCGAUUAUUUUUAUAUAUUAAAUUAUUAGACAACUGCUAUUCCAUCAAAUCCCUCAUAUUCAAUAUUUUCAGUUGUAGAUGAUGGUGAAGAAUCUGGGAAAUCAUAUAUAAAUAUAAAAGAAAUAUAAUAUAAUAUUCAAACAUGUGAUAAUACUUGCCUCUCUUGCCAAAAUGAUCCUAAUUAAUGUAAAUCUUGUGAUACAAAUUGUUCUCAAUUGUCUGGAAAUAGUUGCAUUCUCAAUAAUUUAAGUAAUUAUGUUUUAUAAGAAGGAAAGUGUGUUUUGUCGUGUACCCUUCCUCAUUUUAAUAUUGGAGGAAAGUGUAUCUGGAUUCCAAAUUGUUAAUCUGUGGCAAUCGGAACAUCUUAAUGUACAUAAUGCUAAACUGGAUUUGUUCCUGUUUAAACAAAUAAUUACGAGGCUCAGUGCCAGCCAUAUUGCCCAAAAGAUUAUUAAAAUGUAAAUGGAAUUUGUGUUGAUAAUAAAUAAAACACUCCUGGAUAGUAUUUAAUAUAAGGACUUUAUUCCUACAUAUUUUCUUAUAGUGAAAUAAAUAAAAUGUAGUUAUAACUAAAUAACUUUUUAUCUGGAGGAGGUUUAGAUUCUAAAUUUACUCGCUGUGGAAAUUAUUUCCUAUUAGGUGGAUACUUUUCUUUUACUAAAAACUCACAAAUCACUACAUAAUAAUAUACAACAGCAUUUUAAUAUGUUAGAGUAUCGUUUAAGUGGGUAUUAAUUGAUUACAAUACUAGCACAAACCCUAUAAAUCUUACAUUUUCUGUUAUUGGAAGCUCAACUCCUAGCUAGACUUUAAAUAUUAAUGGUAUGGCUUCCAAAUAAAUUUGUGGAUUAAGCGUACCAGAAUAUAUUGGUGACUUUUAGCAGGAUUUCUUAGUUCCAAGUGGCAAAGUUACAUUUUAAAUCAAUAAUUAAAUGCCUAUUAUUUAUAGCAAUAUUCCUAGCGAUAGUUCAAAUGAUAAGAAUAACAAAAAUUAAUACUUUGGAAUUAGGGAAUUUUCUAUUUAUGCAUUUAAUUGUAUUUAGAGCAAUUGCUAAUUAUGCUCAUCUUUAACUUCAAAUGGGUGUACAUAAUGCAUUUAAGGAUAUUAUUUAGAUAACUUUGUAUGUAAACCUUGUUAAUCAACUUGCUUAACAUGCUCUUCUUAAAAUACUUGCCAAUCAUGCUAUGGAGGAGCUACACUUGACUCUUAAAAUUAAUGUGUUUGUCCAGACAAACAAUAUUGGAAUGGAACUAGCUGUGUAGCAUGUUCAAACACUUAAUGCUAAACUUGUAAUGCAUCUAAUAGCAAUCAAUGCUUAACUUGUCCAAUAAAUUAGUAUCUAUAUAAUGGAAAUUGUCUAGAUAAAUGCCCAGAAUAAACCUAUCCAAAUAAUUUGGCAUGCAAUCUUUGCUUGCCUCAUUGCUAAAAAUGUACCAAUAAUUCUACUUGUAUGAUUUGUAUGCCAGGUAAAUAUCUUUCUAUUGAUGGAACAUAAUGCUUAAGUUAAUGCCUUCCUGGGUAAUAGUAAAAUCCUGAUAAAAGAUAAUGUAUUUAAUGCACAGAUCCUAAUUGUUUAUCAUGUUAAAAUGAUGUAUCUCAAUGUACUUAGUGUGGUAAUAAUUAAAAUUUAUAAGGAUAUAUUUGUAAAGCUAAUUGCGAUUCUUAAUAUUAUCCUUUAAAUUAAAUUUGCAAGCUUUGCUCUUCUAAUAUUUCUUAAUGCUUAGAAUGUACACCUACAACUUGUACCAAAUGUUAAAAUUCAUAUUAUCUUUAUUAAGGAAUUUGUUACAAUCCAUGUCCUCCAGGAACUUUUAGUGAUUCCAAAGCAAACCCUCCCAAAUGCACUUCUUGUUUAAAUAAUAAUUGUGGAACAUGUGAACUUCCACCAAGCUAAAACUGUCUUUCUUGUAUAUCUCCUUAUUAUUUGAAUGGUACUUAAUGUAUAACUGAUUGCGGUCCUACUAUGUACUCUAACCCAUAGAGAGUAUGCACAUUAUGCUCUUCUACUUUUUCUGGUUGUUUUUCAUGCACAAUAAAUGAAUGCAUUAGCUGUAUAAAUCCUACAGAUUACCUCAAUCCAAUCACAAACACUUGUUCAAGUACUUGUCCAAAUAACACAUUCAAAUCCACUGUUGGAUCUCCUCCUAAAAAUGUCUGUAUUAUUUGUAAUUCUAAUUGUUUAACAUGUGAUCAAAACAGUAAUAAUUGCAUUAGCUGUCCUUCAAAUAUGUAUUUGUAGGGAAAUAUUUGUUAAAUAUAAUGCAAUAAUGGUUAUUAUCCUAAUGCAAGUAAUGUUUGUAUUAGUUGCACAAAUAAUUUCCCCAACUGUAGUAAAUGUGAUAGCGUUGCAUGUAAAUAGUGUUUAGACCCCUAUUAUUUAGUAUAAGGAUUAAAUACUUGUUAACUGUAAUGCCCUCCUGGGUAUGCAGCUACUUCUGCUAAGGGGUCUAACUAAUGCAUAUAAUGCACUAAUAAUCUUUGUAUGAGAUGCGAUAAUUCUAAUUUAAAUUCUUGUACAUCGUGCUAUCCUUAAUCCUCAAAUCCUUAUCUACAAGGUAAUACUUGUGUUUCUAGUUGUUCAUCAAAUUAUUAUAAUAAUAAUUAGAAUUAGUGCAUUUUGUGCUCAAGUACUUUUCCAGGUUGUGCAACUUGUUCUUCAAAUGCUUGUCUUUCAUGCACUAAUACAAAUCAAUAUUUAGAUAUUACAACAAACUCUUGCGUAGAUUCAUGUGUCCCUCCUUUAGUUGGUGUUAACACUCCUUCAAAGUAAUGUGUUUAAAAUUGUGAUAAAAUAGCUUCUUGCAUAAAAUGUACAAUAGAUAUUAGUAAUAAUUAAACUUGUCAAUUAUGUAGUAAUGGAGCAGUUCUUGAUUAAAAUUAAUGUAUUUCUCAUUGUCCUUAAGGAAAAUAUGCAGAUAGCUAAAAUAUAUGCUAAUAAUGCAACAAAUUAUUUAUAGGAUGUAGCAUAUGUACAUCUACCACAUGCAGUUAAUGCUAAAAUUCAAAUGAAUUUUUUGACCCUGUAGCAAAAAUAUGUACUUCAUAAUGUGUUUAUGGAGCAAAUCCUUCAUCUCCCUUUUCUCAAUGCUAAACUUGCACGAAUCUUAAAUGUAAAGCAUGUCAAACUAUAAAUUUGAAUUAGUGCACAAGUUGUGAUCCAAAGUCAUCGUAUCCAUAUCUUUAAGAUGGUAAUUGUGUUGAAAAAUGUUCCUCAAAAUAUUAUUAAAAUGGUGAUUAGUGUGUUUUGUGUUCAACUAAAUUUCCGAAUUGUAGUACUUGCACAACUAGUAAUUGUAUUUCAUGUGAUUCAAAUUACUACUUAAAUACAGAUUAGUAAACGUGUACUUUGAGUUGCCCUUCAAAACAAUAUUAAACUAAUAUAGGAGGGGUUAAUAUUUGCAAAAAUUGCUUAAAUUCCACCUGCUUGACAUGUGAUCCUACUAAUCCUUUAAAUUGUUUAACUUGUGAUCAAAGUUCUAAUUCAAAAUAUUUAGAAAACAAUUAAUGUAAUUUAUCAUGCUCAGCAACAAAUUAUGCAGACCUAAAUAACAAAUGUUAAAUAUGCGAUUCUCUUUUUCAAAAUUGCCAAAAAUGCACUCUUUCGUAGUGUUAACUUUGCAAAAAUGGUUUAUAUCUUGAUCUAUAAACAAAUAAAUGCUCUAAUUUGUGUCCAGAUUUUAAAUAUACAGAUUAAUCUACUAUGAGCUGUAAACUCUGUUCUUAACCCACUCAAUGUAUAUAAUGUGAUGCUAAAUUUCCUGACUAAUGCUUGAAAUGUGCUAAGCCCUAUUUUCUUUUAAAUAAAUAGUGCAUUUCUUCUUGCCCAGAUGGUACUUAUGGUGAUAGUAAUUAAAUAUGCCAACCUUGCAAAUUACUAGAUGAAAACUGCAAACUAUGCAAUCCUGGUUAUUGCACUGUGUGUAAACCAAAUGAAUAUUAUUUAGAUUUGGAUUUUAAAAAAUGUUUGACUUAAUGCCCAAGUGGAUAUGUAAAGUACAAAGAUAUUAAUGGUAUUUAAAUUUGUAAAGUAGCAUAUGGGGGAGCAACUCCAACAUUGGUUAUAUCUAAUGAAAUAUCAAGAGAUUAAGAUAAAAUAAUAUUUUAAGCUUAAAUAAUAUUUGAUGAAGAUGUUUUCGUUACAAACAAAAAUUGGAUUUUUAGUUUAGAUAAUGAAUAUCCAUCAACUAAUUAUGACAUAAAUUAUGAUUUAGUAAAGGUUUAAGAUCAUCCUACAGUUAAUGGAGUUUACACCCUUAAGGUAUUUGUAAAUAUAAUUGUAAAAGUUGAUUCAAAACCUUUUAAGAAACUUUAUGUGAACUUUGUCAAUCCAAAGAAUGUUAUUGAUGAUUAACUAUUUGGGUUAAAAGUUUAUUAUAUUAAUGGAGAUUUACCUAGCUACAGUGAUUUAGUGUACCCAAAAGUAACUGGAAUAGCUUAAGUUACGUCAUAUUUAGUUAUAUUAUCUCAUAUUAUGCUUUUAAUAGGAUCUCCAUUUUAUUUACUAGUGAGCUUCUUUGACAUUUUAUAGCUAUCUAACUACCUUUUAUACCUGAAUGUCUAAUAUAAUACCACUCUUUACAAUGUUUUGAAAUUGUUAGAUUUUGCUAAUUUCGAAAUCAUACCUAAUAUUAGAGAUUAUACUUCAAAUGCACCUUUUAAAUUUAGAAUGGAAGAAAUUUCUACUUUCUUUUUUUCAAAUAUAAUAUAAUCAAUAGUUAUUUGGUCAUUAUCAUUUAUUUUAUACUUAAUUUUUAGAUUAAUUGCUACAAAAUUUGCUGACCAUACAAAUUCUAUUGUAGAUUUCUGUAAAAGCUAUUCAAAACAAUACUUUUAUCAAAUAAUAGUUGGUUUAGGAUUCCUAACAUAUUGUGAUUUAAUAUUAGCUGUAUUCUUACAAUUUUAUGAUUCUAAAUAGAUGAAUGCAAAAACAAUUAUAGGAGUAGUAGUAGGAAUGUUAAUGCUUUUAGCAAUUUUAUUUUUAAAUUGCCUGACAUUUAAAUCAACAAAAAUCAAAGUAAAUGAUUUACUACAAAAUACUAAUGUAAAAAAAGUAUAUGGUUUUUUAUAUAAUGGACUUGAGAUUAACAGAAAAAAAGCAAUAAUUAAUUUACUGUUUUUAUUUCGCAAAACCAUAGUUAUAUAGCAAUUGGUUUUUAAUCAAGAUAAUCCUAUUAACUAAGUUUAUAUAUGUUGUCUAGUACUAGGAGUUGAAACAACUGUUAUGCUAAUUCUUAAACCUUAUGAAGCAUAAAAAGAGUUUAAACUACAUGUUUUUAGUAGAAUGCUUUUGAUUAUAUCUAUGAUAAUGAUUAUAAAUUUAGCAAUAAAUGAUGCAAUAGCAAAUUUGAGUUAGCAUGGAUCAACCAUAAUUUAAAUACUAGUCUCUGUUUUGAUCAUCGUUAUUUAUAUCUCUCAGGUCAGUUAUUUAGUUUAUAGGAUUUACAUAUUCUAUAAAAAAAAAAAUAUAAUACCAUCAAAUAUUAAAUACAUUUGAUGAUAAUUAUUAGUUUCUAAAGAUAGUUAUUAUUUUAGUUUAAUUAAUAUAUUUUCCAUAUUAUAAAUAUAGCAUUCCAAGGAAUUAGAGCUAACAUUUAAA